GGCAGAGGAGGUAUCUGAAGAAAUAGCCUUAAGAUGAACUGCUUCCUGAAAACAUUGAAAUGCAUCGUACUUUUUGUUUAUUAUGUGCUGGAGUCUCUAGUGCUCUGGGUUGUGCCUAGACGGAAGAAGAAUAUUAGUGGUGAAAUAGUAUUAAUAACAGGAGCGGGAAGUGGCCUUGGAAGAGUCUUAUCUUUGAAGUUUGCCAGCCUUGGAGCCACACUGGUUCUCUGGGACAUUAAUCAAGAGGGGCUCAAGGAGACAAGUAGGCUGGCCAGAGAAAAUGGAGGAGUGAGAGUACACUGUUACAUCUGUGACUGUAGCAAAAGGCAGGACAUCUACAGAGUGGCUGAUCAGGUUAAAAAAGAGGUUGGUGACGUUAACAUCCUAGUCAAUAAUGCUGGUAUCGUAACUGGAAAGAGAUUUAUUGAUUGUCCAGAUUCACUUGUUGAAAAAACCAUGGAAGUCAACAUAAUGGCACACUUCUGGACUUACAAAGCCUUCCUCCCAGCAAUGAUGGCUUCUAACCAUGGACACUUGGUUAGUAUUGCAAGUUCAGGAGGACUAGUUGGAACCAGUUAUCUUGCAGAUUACUCUGCAAGUAAAUUUGCAGCAGUUGGUUUUGCAGAGUCAGUUGAUUUAGAGAUGAGAAAUAUGGGAAAGACUGGUGUUAAAACCACAACUGUGUGUCCUUUCCUCAUGAACACAGGAAUGUUUGAUGGCUGUAGCACCAAGUGGCCAACUCUGCUUCCCACUCUGGAGCCAGAGUAUGUGGCUGAGAAGAUAAUCACUGCUGUUCGGCAAGACCAAGAGAUGUUGAUACUACCACGCCUUAUUUAUUUUUUAUUAGUUCUGAAAAGUGUGAUACCAGUGAAAGCAGCUGUUGUCCUUGCAGACUAUUUUGGAGUCUUUCGUAUCAUGACUGACUUCAAAGGUCAAGCAAAGAAGGACUGAAAAAGUGCAAAAUUCAGAGACCAUCAACUCUAAAGUGGAUCUUGUUAAAGGUGGUGGUGGGAAAAGUCUGCUUCUCCUAGUAGCUGUGAACUUAAGGUGCCUCACUUCUCAUUAGUAACAAUUUUUAAGGAAAUUGCUUUUUAAUUGGCUCUUAAUCAAUAGCUUUCACUCAAAACUGUAUUUCUAAUCCAGUGAACUUUCUUUUCAUGCCCUUAUGGAAAUACAAUAAUUGAAAUUAGUUCCUUUGGUUACGUCUGUUAUAAUGCCUUAAAUAUGAUCAUGCAUCACAAACUAAUAAUUGCCAACUUUUGGGUGAGAAAGCACCAAGAAACCACAUGUAUUUGGCAGAGAACCAGGAAAGCCUCUAGUAGACCUGAUUUCUUACUGCCAUUCACUGAACCAUGAGGAGGGGCUGUACUGCUGGUGCCAUUACCAUUGCCUGGUAAGCUGAGGAAUUCAAGAGUUUCCUGAAGUAAUGGGAUUGAUUUAUGCAAAUGGAGGUUUUGUGAAAUGAAAAUAUGGGCUGUGUUGAUGUAAAGCCAAUGAAAUAUUUUAAUUUUGGAGGUAGUAAUAUCAGGAUUUACAGAUGACUAUGGGUGUUGAGGUAGGGAGGAGGAAGGAUGUAAAUUAUAUGUUUGUGCUGCUAAUCCUACUUUUUGUCUAAUUUAUUUUAAAAGCUAAUACUAUGACUUUGUGGUAGAAGUCUUUGUAUCUUUUAAGUGCAGUAUUUUAAGAACAACUUUAAAUUUUUGUCUCCUAAGCAGAAUAAACUUGUAGUUAUAAAGUGUAAGACUGCCAGUCUAGAUGGACUAUCAACUGUCUUGCCAAGUAAGACAAUCAGCUACUAAAAUUAAAGGCAUUAUAUGGUAUAAUCAGGGUUUCUUUUGGGAUUAUUUCAGAAUGGAGUGAUGCUGAUAAAACUAAAGUGAAUGGUAUGACAGCCAUAGCUUGAGUAACAGCAUUAUGUUUAGCUUCUCUGAAUUGGGUGGCAGGUUGCCUUGUCUACAGAGAUUUGUUUUAUUUUCCCUUUACUCUUAGGACUAUCCAUUUAUUUUGGACAUAUGCUGAGGAGGCCUUGCCCUUUUUGACAAUGACCACUUAGAAAACUGAAAGCCCCCUUGACUCUUGGUAAAUCCAAAACAAGAAAAAGGAAGAUUAUACCUUAAAUGGAUGUCAUUUAUGCACAUGGUAGCUAAACCCACCUAUGUCACAGUACUCUAAUGGGAAUUGGUAACACUUGCAAACUAAGACUAACAUGUAUUAGAAUGAAAUUAAUUGAAGGACAGUAUGGAGUAAAGGGUGAUUUUUUUAAAAUUUUUUUUUUCCAUGAUGGCC